AUGGUGGCCAUGCAGGACAACCAAGUGGUAUUCAAAAAGCAGUGGAAAUGGUCCACUCAAGAGCGAGCCUUGCACAUUAACGUGAAGGAACUCACUACUGCCUACAAUGCUCUCUCUACUCUUGUCUCCUUCGAGCUCGAUACCAAUAAGAAGUUCUCGAAGAUCAUCCUCUACGGCGAUAAUCGUACAGCUAAUGCUGCCCUAGCCUCUGGUAAGGUCUGCACUUCUGGUAAGCAAUCUACUCUACUUCAACGAGCUAUCGACCUUAUUCAUUACCUUAUGGGAAGACGCCAGUUUGAAAUUCACUAUGUGGCCUCUGCCGAGAACCCUGCUGAUGCCGGCACAAAGUGUGACCUCUACAGCGAUUUGGUUAAAUACCGUGAUUCUAUCGACGGUGUAAGUCUCGAGAUUCUGUCUGACGAUGAUACCUCAGAUAUGAACACUGUUCAUGUUGCUAGAAUCAUACGUAAGCGUGGUGACGUGGACGAAGACACCAACGAGAUCGGUGACAAAAGACCACGACUUGAACCACCACUACGAGUUCCCACCAAUCCAUUACCACCCCUACAACGACCACCCUAUUUGGACAUUUCAAUAGACGGCGGGGCCCAAUCUGAUUCUGACGACUCGCUGCUACCCUUAAGACCUCUUGCUGCUGCUGGGGAUCCUGCCGGAAUCCGAGUGGUUUCGAGUGGCUGCUUUGACUUCGCCCCACAGCUGGCCCGCAUAGCCCAUUGGGGAAGACGAGCAGUUGACGAGAGGCCACGAAGACUUCCACCUCCCGUGCAAUGUGACUCUGUCAUGCAGCCAUGUGACGAUGCCGGAUGGGAGAACUUGAAGGCCAAGAUCACCAUCAUGUUGGAAGGUUCUUGCACUGUUGGUAAAUACUGCCACAAGCUUUCUAUGUGUGCUUACGAUGCCUCAGCUUAUCCCAACUCCACUGGUGGUAUUGAAUAUGCAUGGGAGUUGCUCAACGAGUUGAAGGCCCGUACGGUUUCUGAUGGUAUUCUCACACGAGAGCAGUUCGAUUUCCUCUUCGACAUCCACGGUUCGUUGUUUGCUAUUCAUGACUGGGAAUGGGUUAGGUGUUAUUAUAGCGAUAACUUUUCUCGCGAGAUGGGUUAUUCUAAUUGUCUUCAUGAAUACCACACCUCCGCGAACAAGUGCCGAACAGAAUGAACUGUUCAUCAUAUAACAAAACGCAAGAGGCCUCACAUAAGUGCCUUGACACGAUCGAUUUUUUUCUGAAUUUUAGAAAAUGAUCUUCUCUUUUCACUAAGCAGACUUCUCGCUCUUGAUUGUCGUUUCCCAUGAUGAGCUCCCUUGCUCUUUUGGGAGUCAUUUUCUGUAAUUGGUUAUACUGUCGGGUUACCUGUUGAAGGAAAGUCCAGGAAACAGUGGCAUUCUUUCGGGGGUAUCGGUUCCAAGUUAGUAGAAAACCUGAAUUCUGUGCAAAUCUCGAACGAGGAACUAAUUGAGACAAUUUAUGUGGGUGAAGGGGGUUGGUGUGGUAUCCAUACGGUUUUAUCACCGAUGAAUCGUAAGCUCUCGUUAUGACAUCAUUUGGACCAUCCGUUUCGUGUGAGACAUCCGGGUUACAGCCUGGAAAUUCGAAUCGGAAAUGUGUUUAUGCGAACCAGGGAAAUUAUCAGGCAUGCCCAAAUGUAACGGCUUGUUCUAUUAUUAGAAUAUGUUGGUAUAUAUUAUUGAUAAAAUACACUAGAUAGAUUUAUAUAUUAUUCUUAUCUCCAUAGAUUUAU